AUGGGAAGCAGUGGUGAAGGUAAAGUAGUGUGUGUAACGGGAGCAUCCGGUUACAUAGCAUCGUGGCUUGUUAAGUUCCUCCUUAACCGUGGCUACACUGUUAACGCAUCCGUCCGAGACCCAAGUGAUCCGAAAAAGACACAACACUUGUUAUGUCUGGAAGGUGCAAAAGAAAGACUUCACUUGUUCAAAGCAGAUCUUUUGGAAGAAGGGUCGUUUGACUCGGAUAUUGAUGGAUGUGAGGGAGUUUUCCACACUGCUUCCCCAUUUUAUCAUGAUGUCAAAGACCCACAGGCUGAACUUAUCGAUCCUGCGGUCAAGGGGACACUCAACGUUUUGAAUUCAUGCGCCAAAACAUCUUCAGUCAAAAGGGUUGUUGUGACCUCUUCCACUGCAGCCGUUGUUUACAACGGUAAACCACGCACACCUGACGUAACCGCAGAUGAAACUUGGUUCUCUGAUGCUGAGUUUUGCAAGGCCUCAAAGCUGUGGUAUAAUCUAUCCAAAACCUUGGCGGAAGAAGCUGCUUGGAAGUUUGCUAAAGAGAAAGGCUUAGACAUGGUUACUAUUAACCCUGCAAUGGUGAUUGGUCCUCUCUUGCAGCCAACUCUGAACACUAGUGCUGCUGCUAUACUAAGCUUAAUAAAUGGUGCAGAGACCUUCCCCAACUUGAGUUAUGGAUGGGUUUAUGUAAAGGACGUAGCCAACGCACACAUCCAAGCAUUUGAGAUCCCUUCAGCUAAUGGACGUUAUUGUUUGGUCGAGAGAGUCACUCAUCACUCCGAGAUCGUUAACAUUCUGCGUGAGCUUUACCCAAAUCUCCAACUCCCUGAAAGGUGUGAGGAUGAGAAUCCUUACGUGCCAACGUAUAAAGUGUCCAAGGAGAAAACGAUGAGCCUUGGCAUAGACUACAUACCCUUUGAGGUUAGCGUCAAGGAGACCGUCGAGUCCUUGAAGGAAAAAGGUUUCAUCCACUUCUGA